GACUGGCCGAGGCUUCCGUGUGCCAGCGCUGCCGCCUCAGCCUCACUGGUGCUGCCACUCUGGGGCUGCAGUGCCGGCGUUAUCGGCUCGAGGGGAAGGGAGGGGACCGACGGAGCGUGCGUGCGCGCGCGGGGGGUCCCCGCAGUCCCAGCAGUUCCCCUCGAGUGUAGUGGGCGGCCAGGCUGAGCAGCAGUCGAGGGAGGCCCUAGACGGCGCCAUGUCGGCGGGCGGCCCGUGCCCGGCAGGAGCCGGAGGGGGCCCAGGGGGCGCCUCCUGCGCCGUGGGGGUCUCCCCUGGCGGGGUGUCCAUGUUCCGGUGGUUGGAGGUGCUGGAGAAGGAGUUCGACAAGGCCUUUGUGGAUGUGGAUCUGCUUCUGGGCGAGAUCGAUCCGGACCAGGCGGACAUCACUUACGAGGGGCGACAGAAGAUGACCAGCCUGAGUUCCUGCUUUGCGCAGCUUUGCCACAAAGCUCAGACUGUGUCCCAAAUCAACCACAAGCUCGAGGCACAGUUGGUGGAUCUGAAAUCUGAAUUGACGGAGACCCAAGCAGAGAAAGUUGUAUUGGAGAAAGAAGUCCAUGAUCAGCUUUUACAACUGCACUCUAUUCAGCUUCAGCUUCACGCUAAAACUGGUCAAAGUGUUGACUCUGGUACCAUUAAGGCAAAAUUGGAAAGAGAGCUUGAAGCAAACAAAAAAGAAAAAGUGAAAGAAGCUCAACUUGAAGCUGAAGUUAAAUUGUUGAGAAAAGAGAAUGAGGCCCUUCGUAGACAUAUAGCUGUUCUCCAGGCUGAAGUUUAUGGAGCAAGACUGGCUGCCAAGUACUUGGAUAAGGAACUAGCAGGAAGGGUACAACAAAUACAAUUACUAGGACGAGAUAUGAAGGGACCCGCCCAUGAUAAACUUUGGAACCAGUUAGAAGCGGAAAUACAUUUGCAUCGUCACAAAACUGUCAUCAGAGCCUGUAGAGGACGCAAUGACUUGAAACGACCCAUGCAAGCACCACCAGGCCAUGACCAAGACUCCUUAAAGAAAAGCCAAGGUGUUGGUCCAAUUAGAAAAGUUCUCCUCCUGAAGGAAGACCAUGAAGGCCUUGGCAUUUCAAUUACAGGUGGGAAAGAACAUGGAGUUCCGAUCCUCAUCUCAGAGAUCCAUCCAGGACAGCCUGCUGAUAGAUGUGGAGGGCUACAUGUUGGGGAUGCUAUUUUGGCUGUCAAUGGUGUUAACCUAAGGGACACAAAGCAUAAAGAAGCUGUAACCAUUCUUUCCCAGCAGAGAGGAGAGAUUGAAUUUGAAGUAGUUUAUGUGGCUCCUGAGGUGGAUUCUGAUGAUGAAAAUGUAGAGUAUGAAGAUGAGAGUGGACAUCGUUACCGUUUGUACCUUGAUGAAUUAGAAGGAGGUGGCAAUCCUGGUGCUAGUUCCAAAGACGCAAGUGGGGAAAUCAAAGUGUUACAAGAAUAUAAUAAGAAGGCAGUAACUGAUACACAUGAAAAUGGAGACCUGGGAAGUUCAAGUGAAACUCCACUAGAUGACAGUGCUUCAAAAUUAGAUGAUCUGCAUAGUCUGUAUCACAAAAAAUCUUAUUAAAUUGACUGUAUCUACAGACAAGAUUGUUAAUCAGACUGUUUUGAAUUUGGGGCAUUGGGAAGAUGGUGACAAAGACUGUUCAAGAUCAAGGGAGGCUGUUUGUUGCCUAAAUGAAAGGCGGGUACCUCAGGGCUUCAUGUGAACAAUUCUAAGUGUGUAAAAUUCCCUGUUUUCUGUGGUAUACCAUAAUUAGCUAUUGCAUGUAAAGAAAUUUUGAUUUUGUUGAAAUUGUAAGCACCAAAGCAUGUGUUUCCCAAAGGGAUGUAACUAGGCUCUUAAGUACCAAAUGAAGCACUAUUGUUUUAUUUGGUUCCUUUUUCCAUUUAGUAGAAGGACAUUGGUAAUGGGAAUUUUAUAAGAAAUAACCUUUAAAUAUAAGAGAGUACAUGAAUUCACCCUAUAUAUUUGUGAAUGUUAACUUGUGGUAUUUCAAGGGACAGAGCUUGAUUCAAUGAAUGGCAGAGAUGUAAGCUUGACUUAAUUUUUUUUAACUGAAAGAAUGAUUUUAGUUCUUUUAUAAAAAUUUAUUGUGCAUUCUGAUAUCUAAAUCAGUUCUUAAUAAUCAUACAUUGUAGUGAGUUUGCCUUCCAACUUCACUUAAUGCAGUACAAAAUAGUUUUCUUUAAUCUUUUAUCAAUCAAUGCUGCACUAGAAAUAGUUUCUGAAGUUAUUGUACCUUUUACUUUCGGUUUUUAAAGAAAUGCAGAUGAGUGUAACAUAUCUGUUCUCAAUUAUGUUGAUCUGUGUGCAUGAUAUUGGAGCAUUACACUACCAAUGUUUAGACUCAAAUGCUUAUUUUCUGGAAUCUACAAAAGUCGGUUUUAUACAUUUUAAGUUGUUCAUUGUUUUUCUUGCAAUAGCCCUAGCACUUAAAGAUAAAUUUUUCUGGCAGAAAAGCUCAAAUUUAUUACUGUGUCAUAAAAUACAUUGCAUUCAAACAGCAGUUUUCUAAGUAACUGAUUUGCCAAUCAUCUGAAAAAGUCAGGACCAAGGUGGGCAAGAUGAGGUAAAGAUAUUUGGGUGGGUGUUCAUGACAGAACAUAUUUGACUAAAGUAUUUUUCAUACAUAAAUUCUGAAAUUGCUAGUUCUCUUGUCCCAAGGGAGAGCAUGGAGUGCCUCUUCUCUUCUUUGCCAUUCUGCAGGCUCUUGUGCCCUACUGACAGAGUCAAAACAUUGGAUAUAAAGAGGUGAUAGUUUUGCUAAUAUUACUUUAAAGGGUAUACAUUUAAGGGACUAUUACGUGGAAGAAAGUCUAGAAGACUUUUAGAGUAUUAUCAGUAUCUACCUUUCUAGUAUUCAGAUGUUAGGUGAUAAAAUACAUUUCUUGUCUUUCCCAGAUGCACUAUUUGUUCAAAGUUAAAUCUAUAAAUUGUAUAUACCUUAUUUCAUGAUUUUGCUAUUUAUAAACUUAAUGUUUUAGUUUUGCUCAUUUAUGGUUUGUUUUGAGUGGUUUUGUUCAUCUGUGUAUCACUAUGUUAAUUUGCAAUAGAAGUGCACUUCAUAGUGUGUAUUGUUACUGGUAUUAAAAUACUUUGUAGCAUAACAUUGCCUGGAAGCAAAAGCUGAUAUUUAAUAAUUAUACAAAUGAAUAAGCAAAUUACAUGUUAUGUUUGCUCCUGACAGGCUAGGCCUAUUAAGAGAUGAAAAGUAUUUUUUCCUCUUUGUACUCUUCCUACACCAAGCACAACCCCUACACAUGCCAUGAGAUCUGCACAAUGGAUUUUAGCUGGUGUAUUCAUUUAGUCCAAAAAGAAAAGUUCGUGGUAGCAGAUCUGAAAACUUUUUUGCUAUGACAUGAAACCAUGUUAUUCUUAAAACACAGCCUGUGAUGACUGAUCAGAAACAUUUUUUUUUCUGUGUGUUACGACUAAAUCCUUAGAAAAUGUGGAAAUGGAAGCUGGCAACCCUUUGAUUUUCAAAAACUACUUAUAUUUAGAACCUUAAAUUGUCAUUUCUCUGAGUUCACUGUAAUUUGAAGGGCUGUAUAAGAUGGUUAUGAUAUAAAUUUCUCUCAAGAGCUGAUAAACAGAAUGAAAAGCUUUCUGAGUAGUUUAAAAUCCCACAGGUUAAUUUCCAUUUUGUUUCUGCUUCACAGUGGUUUGCAAGUGUUCAGGAGAGCACUGUUGCUCAGAUGCUACUGUGAGUGUCAAGUCAGAGGUUAGACAAAGUUUAGUUAAAGUUCAUUUUAGAAUCUGUGGUCUUUGGGGAUGAACAAGGAAUUUCAAAUGUCUAAAGUCUUUACAUCGUCUCAUUUAUAGGGAAGAAACUCAUGUAACAUUGAAGUUUCUAGGAGAAAACCAAACAGAUAAGGGAGGAAUUAAUGCAAAGCCAUUACAAUAAAAAAAAAAAAAAAAGAAAGGAAAGGAAAGAAAAAGUA